CUCUGUCUGGGGGACGCGGGAGUGGGCGGUGCGAAGGCACGGGGAGGGGGGGAAAGCGCGAGAGUCUCGCGAGGUUUGGGCGCGCGGUGGAAUCUCGCACAGGCAGCGGUCUCAGGUGAAAGACGGAGAAGGAGCGGCGCAGCUCUGAGAAGGUUCGAUCUGAAAGCUGAAGGGUCACGUAAGGCUGACAUGAAGGAGUCUAUUUUACCUCUUUCCGUUUUACUUGUCAUCAUGGAUAUUAAUUACAUUAUUAACUGACACGCACAGACUUGAUAAUGUCAAGCCCAGUGAAGAGAAGUCCCCCAGUUCCAGGUUGGCUCUUUUGCACUCCAUCAACAUAACCCGUCAACGCAUAUAUUAAAUGUUGGAUAAAACGGUGUUGGAUAAGGACUGGAGGCCAGGGUUCACUUUUGGUUCUUUGGAGGACAGCUGUCGUUACGUGUCUGCUUUUUGCAAAGAGAAAAUGAAAUUUCCAUUUUAUUGGCUCUUUCUUCUACAAAUAAAGUAAUUCUUUCAAAAAGAUUGCUGCUGCAAAAUUCCUUGGGCAUGGCUACUGAUCCAACGUGAUUGUCUGGCAUCACUCCUAGACUCAUGAGUGGCUAUACCAUGCUGCGAAAUGGGGGAUUGGGGAACGGAGGUCAGCCAUGGAUGCUACGUUGGUCCAGUCGAAUCAGGCUCUCUUGGCUCAGCUUCACAUUGUUCAUCAUACUCGUGUUCUUCCCCUUGAUCGCCCACUAUUACCUCACCACCAUCGAUGAUGCAAAUGAUCCAGAUAGGAGAAUCUUUGGCCCACGAACCGUGAAUGAACUUUGUGAAGUGAAGCAUGUCCAGGAUUUGUGUCGAAUCAGAGAAUCUGUAAGUGAAGAGCUCCUCCAGCUCGAAGCCAAGCGUCAGGAACUUAAUAGCGAAAUUGCUAAAUUAAACCUUAAAAUUGAAGCUUGUAAAAAAAACAUAGAGAAUGCUAAGCAGGACCUUCUGCAGCUCAAAAAUGUCAUCAGGCAAACGGAACAUUCAUAUAAGGAACUGAUGGCACAAAAUCAGCCAAAGCUUUCGUUGCCAAUCCGGCUGUUGCCAGAAACAGAUGAUAUCAAUAUACCAUUGCCAAAGUCCAAAAGGAACUGCGGGCUACACAAUUGUUUUGACUACUCACGGUGCCCCCUUACUUCUGGGUUCCCUGUAUUUGUCUACAACAGUGAUAAAUAUCCUUUUGGGAACCUUAUAGAUCCGUUAAUCAAGCAAGCCUUGGAGGCGAGUGUCCGAAAUAAUGUUUAUGUGACUGAGAAUGCAAAUACUGCUUGUAUAUAUGUAGUCUUAAUGGGGGAAAUGCAGGAGCCAGUGAUGCCAAAACCUACUGAACUGGAGGAACAGUUGCACUCUUUGCCAUAUUGGAGGACUGACGGUCACAACCAUCUUAUUAUAAACUUGUCUAGAAAAUCCGAAACCCAAAAUUAUCUUUAUAAUGUCAGCACGGGGCGUGCGAUGAUUGCUCAGUCAACGUUUUAUGACUUACAGUACAGGCCUGGGUUUGACAUUGUGGUGUCACCAUUAGUCCAUGCAAUGUCUGAACCGAACUUCUUGGAAAUUCCACCUCAGGUGCCGGUGAAACGUAAGUACCUAUUCAGCUUUCAGGGAGAAAAGAUUGAGUCGUUGCAUUCUAGUCUGCAAGAGGCCAGGUCGUUUGAAGAAGAAAUCGAAGGCAAUGCACCAGCGGACUACGAUGACCGUAUCAUUACUACCCUUAAGGCUGUCCAGGACAGUAAGUUGGAUUUUGUCAUGGUUGAGUUCACUUGUAAAAAUCAGGCAAAGCCAAGUCUGCCCACUGAGUGGGCUUUGUGUGGGGAGAGGGAAGACAGGUUAGAGCUACUGAAGCAAUCUACAUUUGCACUGAUUAUUACGCCAGGAGAUUCACAGCUACUUAUAUCUGCUGGCAGUGCCAUGAGGCUUUUUGAAGCUCUGGAGGUAGGAGCCAUUCCCGUUAUCCUUGGAGAACAAGUUCAACUACCGUAUCACGAUACCAUUCGGUGGAACGAGGCAGUGUUAAUACUACCAAAACCACGUGUAACCGAAGUCCACUUUCUGUUAAGAAGUUUAUCUGACAAUGACCUCCUCUCGCUGAGGAGACAAGGCCGUUUCUUGUGGGAGACGUACUUUUCUACAUCUGAUACAGUAUUUAAUACUAUUUUAGCGACCAUUAGGACUAGAAUACAAAUCCCUGCUGCUCCCAUUAAAGAUGAACCAGCAGUAGAGAUUCCUCAUCGAUCUGGUAAAGCUGCAGGCACUGAUCCCAACAUGGCAGACAACGGAGACCUAGAUCUGGGGCCCGUUGAAACCGAGCCUCCUUAUGCAUCUCCUAAGUAUCUCAGAAACUUCACACUAACUGCAGCAGAUAUCUACCGCAACUGGAAUACAGCCCCCGGUCCUUUUCAUUUAUUUCCACACACGCCCUUUGAUCCUCUCUUACCUUCUGAAGCAAAAUUUCUUGGUUCCGGUACUGGUUUUCGGCCAAUUGGAGGUGGAGCUGGUGGUUCAGGAAAAGAGUUCCAAGCGGCCCUUGGAGGGAACGUGCCUCGAGAGCAAUUCACGGUGGUAAUGUUAACGUACGAACGAGAGGAAGUGUUAAUGAACUCUUUGGAAAGGUUGAAUGGGCUACCUUACUUAAAUAAAGUAGUAGUGGUAUGGAAUUCUCCCAAGCUGCCAUCUGAAGAUUUGUUGUGGCCAGAUAUCGGGGUACCUAUUGUGAUCGUCCGCACGGAGAAGAACAGUUUGAACAAUCGAUUCCUCCCGUGGGAUCAGAUCGAGACGGAGGCCGUUCUCUCUAUUGAUGAUGAUGCCCAUCUGCGCCACGAUGAAAUCAUGUUUGGCUUCCGGGUUUGGAGAGAGGCGAGAGAGAGAAUUGUUGGCUUUCCUGGUCGGUAUCACGCCUGGGACAUCCCUCAUCGGUCCUGGCUCUACAACUCCAACUACUCCUGUGAACUCUCUAUGGUACUAACUGGAGCCGCCUUUUUUCACAAGUACUACGCGUAUCUGUAUUCCUAUGUGAUGCCACAAGCCAUCAGGGACAUGGUGGAUGAGUAUAUCAACUGUGAGGAUAUCGCCAUGAACUUCCUGGUCUCUCACAUCACUAGGAAACCUCCUAUCAAGGUGACAUCUCGGUGGACGUUCCGCUGUCCCGGCUGCCCCCAGGCUCUCUCUCAUGACGACUCACAUUUCCACGAGCGCCACAAAUGCAUUAACUUCUUUGUCAAGGUGUACGGGUACAUGCCGCUUCUCUACACCCAGUUCCGCGUGGACUCUGUUCUCUUCAAAACCAGACUCCCCCACGACAAGACCAAGUGCUUUAAGUUCAUUUAAGUGCUGUGUUACUGGGGAGUCCCAUUGAGGCACUUCUAAAGUACUUGGGAACUGUCCUAGAAACUGCCUCAAAUCUUCUCUCCAGUCUUAACAAGAGUAGAGUGUGGACUGCUCAUGAAUUAUAACACUAUUUUAUGUGGAAGAAAGGACUUUUUUUGUAAAUUGGCCAGACAAAUUAUGUUUUUAUUGUAAUUUUUUCCUUUUAUUACCAUGCAGAUAUAGGUUUUAUUUGUAUGGUGAAGCAUUUAUUUCCUCUGUGGUCUCUUCUAUUCCAUAAGCAUUCACUAGAAAUGAUGUGCAUGAGUAGGGUCAUAGGGUGGUGCUCUCCAGCACCGCAUUGAAUUGGAUCCACCUCAUUGGCACCAAUUUGAUAGAGACCAUAGAUUCUCCCCCUGCUUUCUAACCAUCAUGGCCUCCAGAUUGGCACUAAUUUUGACUAACGUAGAGCACACAUGCAUUAUGGGUAAGCGUCUUUUCAGUUGAUAAUGGUAAGCAUUCAUGUAUGGUAGAUAUAACCUAGCCUAUUGGAUGAAAUGUAAAUUAGAAAAUUCCCUCAUUACAAUCAUGAUGCACAGGAACCACCAACAGAUCUACGGCGAUGACCUUCAAUCAAUUCAGUUGUGAUGAUCUCCUCAUCCCCUUCUUCAUUCGUGACGGUCUCCUCAGCCACUUCUUUAGUCGUGCCGGUCUCCUUGUCCCCUUCUUUAGUUGCGAUGGGCUCCUCAUCCCCUUCUUCAGUUCCGACGGGCUUCUAGUCCCCUUCUUCAGUCGCUAUGGUCUCCUCGUCCCCUUCUUUAGUCACGCCGGUCUCCUUGUCCCCUUAUUUAGUUGCGACGGGCUCCUCAUCCCCUUCUUCAGUUCCGACGGGCUCCUAGUCCCCUUCUUCAGUCGCUAUGGUCUCCUCGUCCCCUUCUUUAGUCACGCCGGUCUCCUUGUCCCCUUCUUUAGUUGCGACGGGCUCCUCAUCCCCUUCUUCAGUUCCGACGGGCUCCUAGUCCCCUUCUUCAGUCGCUAUGGUCUCCUCGUCCCCUUCUUUAGUCGCGCCGGUCUCCUUGUCCCCUUCUUUAGUUGAGACGGGCUCCUCAUCCCCUUCUUCAGUUCCGACGGGCUCCUCGCCCCCUUCUUCAGUCGCUAUGGUCUCCUUGUCUCCUUCUUUAGUAGCGACGGUCUCCUCGUUGCCUUCUUCAGUUGCGACAGUCUCUUUGUCCCCUUCUUCAGUCGCUAUGGUCUCCUUGUCCCCGUCUUCGGUCGCUAUGCUCUCCUUGUCCCCUUCUUUAGUAGCGAUGGCCUCCUCGUUCCCUUCUUCAGUUGCGACGGUCUCCUCGUCCCCUUCUUCUUUUACCAGUUUCGCCUCUCGCGUAGGAAUCAAAGACGAAAGAAAGCACAGAACUUCUGCCUUUUAUUGUUUUCACAUUUGUACAUGAAUAAAUUUGUUGUACAGGACAAGAGAUGUAGAAUAUAUAUAUUUAGAGCCUCUAUGGACAGGUGCUCUGGGUAAACAAGUGGUUCUAAUGUGGUAACUGUUUUAUAGACAUUCUAGUAUUUGCAGUCACAUGAAUGUCCAGCGGAGAAUCUUCUCAAAUCCCUCUGGGUGGCCGGUGAUGUUCAGUCAUCAAUAGAGAUGAGAAAAAAUUGCCUCCUGAAUGGAAUUUGUAAGAAGGACAAAACAAAAAAAGAAAUUAAAACCUGUGGAUUUUCCCUCACUCUUGUAGGUAACACGCAAGGAAUCUUCAAAAUCAGUGAAGUCACUUCACGAGUCGUGUCUGCGUUUCUGUUUCCAACCAGAAAUAGUUUGUCUCAAUGUUGUGUUUUCAGACCAUGAAGAACCAAUAUGAACGAUCGUGGCAGUAUUCUGUCUCUUGGAUCAAGCACAAAACACUUCUGAUGUACUCGUUGGCUCGUAGUCUCCAUUACUAAGAUUUGCGAAGAUUCCUCCUCAACACCAAUUCAAUGUCUUCUUUCUUUUGUAUUUUUAUUCAUUUCGCGGAUCUUCCCCUAAGGGUUGGUCGAUUAUCGGAAAUUCUUCUGUACAUUGAGUACCCCCAAUAUUUUAUAACUCUCUCACAAGUCCUCAUGAGGUUUACAGUCUUUUGAUUUUACCCGUAUCUAAAUGUUUUUGUGGAUUUUUUGUUUUUGAAGCUCCAGAGUACGAAUCGAAAGAUGACCAUAUUUAAUACACUCAAGACGUUUACAAUUUUAUGAAACUUGGACCAUGGCAACCGAAAAAAUGAUGGAUGUCUUAAUAAAGUAUUUCACAGGUUCCUUUUAA